AUGGCUACGCUCGACCUCUACUCGCUCGAGAGCCACCCGCAUGCACGGUGCAACGACGGCACUCCGGCGGUGUACUACUUUCGACCGGCAACCGCUGCGGUUGGCCAGUCGCAGUGGACAUUCAUGCUCGGCUCUGGCGGGAUGUGCUACGACCAGCAGUCGUGCAGCCGACGAUGCGGUGCCGGCUCGUUCGACGUGCGAGACGGACGGUGCGGCCUGCUCAACGGCACGAGGACGCGCCCGCGCAACGGGACCUGGGCGGGCAUCUUCUCCAGCAGCGACCCGGAGCUGCGGCACGCAAACCUGCUCUUUGUGCCAUACUGCAGCAGCGACGCCUGGUGGGCAAACGCGAGCCGCUGGGGCAUGGAGUUCCGGGGCAGUGCGAUUCUCCAGGCGGCCCUCGACGAGGCGGUGACGCGCGGGCUCGGCCGUGCCGGCCGCAACGACACCCUCCUCUUUGGCGGCUUCAGCGCCGGCUCUCGUGGGGCGAUGGUACACUUGGACUCGGUGCCGGCGAUGCUGGGCGACGCGGCGGCGCGCGUCGACGUGCUCGGCGUCCUGGACUCGCCGCUCUGGCUGGACCAGGUGCCGCUGGGCGGCGCAGUCAGCCGGGCGGAGGUCGUGCAAGCAGCGGAGCAGAGCUGGAGCCUCGAGGGCGUCUUCGGAGAGGGGUGCGUGCAUGCGUACCCUGCGGCGCGCUGGAAGUGCCUGCUGGGGCAGUACCGGCUCGAGCAGCUGCGCAGCCCGUACCUGGUGCGCGCGCACCAGUACGACCGCUACCUCAUCGCGUCGAACGCGUUCAAUGGCAGCUGGAACGCCGCGGCCCGGUGGCACGAGCCGGAGGAGCUGACCGAGGAGAGGCGCGCGCUCUACGCCGAGUCAGCGGCCCUCACCCGCUCCGUGCUCGCGCGGCUGACGGUCGGGCGGCCUCGAGACUCCGCGCCGCGCUCCGUCUUCUCCCCGGCCUGCUUCGAGCACGCCAACGCGGGCUCUGGCUGGAGGGGCUUCGAGGGGACGUACACGCAAGGCGACGCGCUGCUCGCGCUCAAGCGAGGGCAGUCGGUCUCCUUCAUCGACGAGUGCGCCGACGCCCUCGCCUGCGGCCGCGGCUGCAGGCCGGCGCUGCACUGGACCGCCUACCCGGGGACACCCUUCAAGGUGGCCGAGCGGGCGGCCGUCAGCGGAGAGGAGGCGGCCGCCGUCCCGCAGGCGCGUGGCGGGCCGCUGGACACGCGCGGCUGCGUCGCGGCGUGCGCCGCCUCGCCGGGAUGCGCCGCGUGCCACUUCGAGGCGGGCGCGCUCAACUUUAGCGCGGUGCCGGAGCCCACCAACGGCACCGUGGACGAGCAGCCCACAAUGCUGGUCUUUCGCCGGGUGGCCGCCCCGGCGCAGGCGACGCUGCUCGCGGAGCGGGAGACGCAACACCCGAGCCGCUGGGCCGGCCCUCUGUUGGGGGUCGCUCUGGCGGUGGUGGGCGUCGCCGCGGCCGCCGGCCGAGCCCUCCGCGGGUGGCUGGUGACACGCGUGGGGGAGAGCGGAGAGGGCGAGAGAAGAGCCCCGCUCUUGUGA